UUUUGGGGAUUUAAGUACAAGGUGUUUGAUAAUAUGUGUAAGAGAAAUGGGUAGGAAAGAGCAAGGGUAGGGAAGACUAAGAAGGCUGCGGCAUUUAACUUGACAAUUAAAAGUGCCCACAAAGCAGCAAAAUUGAAACAAAAAAUCAACUCAAUCGAAUGGAAAAUUGACAAAAGGCCGGAAAAAGAAAAGAGAUAGUGGGUACUUUAUAUAGCUUAGAUUUCACUUCAGCCAUCCAUGAAAAUUGAUAAUAAGCCAAAGCUCAUUUUACAGAGCACCUUUUUUAGAAGCAUUUGGAUAGGGAAUAUGGGUAGAGAAUAGAGUCGAAGAAAGAUUUAACAGUGAUGAAACAUAAUAGUGUUAAUGUUGUUUGAAGUACAUAAUAGUGUUAAUGUUAUCUGAUUUCUGCCAUUACUAUAAAGUUGGAACUUUCUUUAUGUUAUUGACAAAGUUGGCUGAAUGUGUUGGAGAAAUUUCUUGGUUGGAUUUGAAGUUUAACUUUGUGUUGCAGUAAUUGUGUACAUAUGUGUGUUCAGCCUCUUUAAUUUAACAAUGCCAGACGAUAAAUGUAGAAAAGAUCAAACCUCUGAAACCAUAAAUGCUAAGAGAAGAGCUAGGGAACAGGAGUUAUAUAAGCUUAUGCCACCUGAAAAAAAGGAAGCAUGUUUAGCCCGACGACGGGAGUUAUAUAAGUUAAUGGCACCCGAAAAAAAGGAGGCAUGUUUAGCUCGACGACGGGAGUUAUAUAAGCUAAUGACACCUGAAAAAAAGGAGGCAUGUUUAGCUCGGCAACGAGCAAACAAAGCUGAAAUAAAAAAGCAAUGUCUGCAUGACAAUUCAGUUCUAGCUAAUUUAGUUAAUCCAUCAUCCUUUGAAGUUAGCUCUUAUUUCGCAGAGCAGGCUUCGGCUGUUGUAAGACGGUCACUGCUUCUUGGUGAAACAGGUUAGGUAGUUUUACUACAACUUAUGAAUUUAACUAAAAAAAUAACUUAAGCUAAAAAGUUUUGUUUAUUGAAUAAACAUGAUCAUCGUCAGGCACAAAGCCUACACAUCAUGGUAAAAAGUCAGUGAUGACUACAAAUCAAGAAAGAGAUUUCAUACAAGUUGGUACCUUAAGUAGUGCAGAAGCAAAAACCAGCUAUAUUAGCUUGAAAGAUGUUCCGAAUUAUGAAUUUUGUGGAGCCAAAAAGUUUGAAUAUGAACCGCCUGCAUUUUGUUGUAGUAAUGGUUCGAUUCACUUAAUUUCAUAUCAAAUGCCACAAGAGUUAAGAAAUUUGUAUUUGGGAAACACUGAGGAAUCAAAGGAAUUUCGAACUUACAUUAGAACAUACAAUAACACAUUCGCUUUCACAUCACUCGGAGUAACUUAUGAUAAAAAUUUAGCAAAACGAAGUAAUGGAGUUUAUACCUUCAAAGUCCAAGGACAAAUGUACCAUUUUAUAAAUGAUUUGGUUCCAACUAAUCAAAGGGCUAAGAACUUACAAUUGUAUUUCUUUGACAGUGAAAACGAACUGCAAAAUCGAAUGGCAUGCUCAAACAAGCUUAAUGAAAAAAUUGUGAAAUCUUUGAUGGACAUCUUAAAAUCUUACAAUCCUUACUCUAAGUUUUUGAAAUCUUUAAUAAACAUUUCGCAAUUGUCUGAUUUCUAUAUUGCCCUUAGAUGUGAUCUUUUGGUCUAGAUCAACGAAUCUACAACUUACCAACAGUUUCAGAAGUUGGUGGGAUAUGGGUAGAAAAUGAUAAUAAUAAUUGUGUAUCCGCACCACAUAUUCGCAUAUAUAGAGAAAGUAAUAGAAGUCAAAUAGUAAAUUACUAUUAUGGUUGUUAUGAUUCAUUACAAUAUCCAUUACUAUUGCCUUAUGGUCAAAAUGGAUGGCACUGUGGUAUUAAAAAAAUAAAACCUUCAAGUGUGAGACCCAACAACCUAAUGUAUUGUGAACACGAAGAAUUGCCCAAUGUAAAAAAUGUGUGUUCAAUAGAUGGUUUUCUUCAUAUGGAAGCUGAAAACAUGCAAAAAGGAAAACGCAAAAGAAAUACUAUUUCUUGCCGUGAGUAUUAUUGUUACAAACUACAAAUAAGAAAUGAUGAAAAUAUAAUUUUGCAUUCUGGAAGAUUAUUUCAACAAUAUACAGUAGAUGAAUGGAUUAAAAUUGAAAGCCAGCGAUUAGAUUUUUCUUCACUUAAUCAAGAUUUAUUUAGAAUAGAUAUGCUAGAAGGACUCUUAGAUAUGUUACGUCAUGGCGAAAGAGAAGCUUCGCAAAUAGGUAGAAAUAGAUAUCUUCCUCACAGCUUUACAGGAGGACCACGAGACAUGCGCCGUCGAUAUAUGGAUGCUAUUGCACUGGUGCAACGUUUUGGAAAACCUGAUAUAUUUUUGACUAUGACAUGUAAUCCUGCAUGGCCUGAAAUAAAAGCUAAUAUCCUACAAAUAGAUGAAGUACAAAGUAGACCGGAUUUAGUUAGUCGAAUAUUUCAUGCAAAAUUAGAAGAGUUAAAAAAAGACAUCUUAAGAAGAAAUAUAUUUGGUAAAGUUGCGGCAUUUAUGUAUACUGUAGAAUUCCAAAAAAGGGGACUUCCACAUGCUCAUUUUCUCAUUAUAUUAGAGGAAAAAUACAAGUUAUUGACUCCUGAAGCAUACGACAAAUAUGUUUGUGCUGAAUUACGUAUCCUGAUACCAACCCUAAAUUAUAUGCACUUGUUACAAAACAUAUGAUUCAUGGUUCUUGUGGUGCGUUAAAUCCAUCGAGUAGGUGUACUAGAAAGAAAGGGUACUGCAAGUUUAAGUAUCCAAGAGAGUUUGCUGAACAAACAAGCAAGGGAAAAAAUUCAUAUCCAAUUUAUAAAAGACGAAAUACCGGAAAGAGGGUACAAAUUAGACAACAUGUAAUUGAUAAUUCAUGGGUUGUUCCUUAUAAUCCAUCUUUACUUUGUAAAUUUAGCUGUCAUAUAAAUGUAGAGAUUUGUUCAGAUAUAAAAGUUAUCAAAUACAUUUAUAAGUAUAUCUGCAAAGGACAUGAUAAAAUUGCGUUUAAUGUACAUUCGAAUCAUACAAAUAUAGAAAUAGAUGAAACAAAAGAAUAUCAAUCUGCUAGAUGGGUAUCACCGCCAGAAGCUACAUGGUGUAUAUUUGCUUUCCAUAUAAGUGAAAUGAUUCCAAGUGUAUAUCAUCUUCAAGUACAUUUAGAAAGACAACAAUUUGUUUCCUUCAAAAGUACUGAUAACAUUACUAAAAUUCUAAAUAAUCCUACAAUCGGGAAAACAAUGUUGACAGAAUUCUUCUUGAUGAAUGCUGAAGAUGAAGAUGCUAAAAACCUUAAUUUACUAUAUCGAGAAUUUCCAGAAUACUUUGUGUGGUCAACAGAUAAAACAUGGUCCCGUCGCAAACAAGGAAAAGUUAUUGGUCGAGUCGUAACAUGUCAUCCAACAGAAGGAGAAAGAUAUUAUCUUAGACUUCUACUAAUGAAUGUUAGAGGACCAAAAUCUUAUCAAGAUUUGCGAACUGUAAAUAGAAUAUUAUACAAUACAUUUCGAGAAUCAGCUGAAAAAAAGAGGAUUGUUACUUUGCGAUAACAAUUUGAUAGAAUGUAUGUCUGAAGCUAUAAGCUACCGAAUGCCAUACAGUCUGAGGCAUUUAUUUGCUACAUUAUUAAUUUAUUGCAAUCCUACUAAUCCAAGAGAAUUGUGGGAAAAAUUUGAGAAACCAUUGUCUGAGGAUUUUCAUAAAUAUACCAACUUAGGCACACGAGAUAUACGUUUUAGAGUAUUAAAUCAUAUUAAUGAUAUUUUACAUUCAAUGGGUCAUGAUAUCAACGAAUUCCAACUUAUACCAGAAAUGAUAAAACCCCCUGAGAUAGAAAAAGAAGCUAAAGAUGUUCAUUUCGAAAGAAGUAUUACAGUUAGUGAACAAGAUUUAUUAUUAGAAAAAAAAUUAAAUAUUGAACAAAAAAGAGCUUACCAUGUCAUACUUGAAAGAAUAUUUUCAAACAAAUCGGGUGCUUUCUUUAUUGAUGGCCCUGGUGGAACAGGCAAAAUCUUCUUAUAUCGUGCUUUAUUAGCUACUGUUAGACAUAGAGGGUUCAUAGCUUUAGCUACAGCAAGCUCAGGUGUUGCAGCUUCACUCCUUCCCGGUGGUCGAACUGCUCACUCGCGCUUUAAAAUACCUAUUGACAUUGAAGAAAAUUUUAAUUGUAACAUAAGCAAACAAAGUUCAUUAGCUUCUUUGAUUCGAGACGCUAAGUUAAUUGUAUGGGAUGAAAUCUCAAUGGCAAAAAAGAAAAUGGUUGAGGCUUUAGAUUUGCUUUUAAAAGAUUUAAUGGAGACAAAUAUACUAUUUGGUGGAAAAGUAAUUGUUUUUAGCAUUGAUUUUAGACAGACCCUUCCCGUUGUACGUAGUGGAAAAAAAGAAGAUUUUAUUCGUGAGAGUUUAUUGUGCUCUGAUAUUUGGAAUCAACUUGAAAAAUUGCAAUUAACAGAAAAUAUGCGUGCAAAAACAGAUCCUGCUUUCUGCGAAUACCUAAUGCGAAUUGGUAAUGGAAGCGAAAAGAAAAAUACUCAAGGAAAAAUUACAAUUCCUCAUUCUUUAAUUAUUCCAUUUACUUCCGAACAAGAAUCCUUGCAGUUUUUAUUUAGAGUUACUUAUCCCAAUUUACAUGUACAUCAUUCAGAUGCUUCAUUUAUUACUUCUCGCGCUGUUUUAACAACAAAAAAUGACUUUGUUGAUGAAAUUAACAAUAUGUUAAUAACACAAUACCCAACCCCUCCGAAAAUUUAUUUGGCUAUUGAUGAAACAAUUGAUCCAAAAGAUCAAAGCGAAUAUGAAGAUUUCAUGCACAGUUUAAAUCCUGUAGGUUUACCUCCGUACAAGUUGACAUUACAAAAAAAUUGUCCAAUUAUGUUAUUACGUAAUCUAAAUCCUUAUGAUGGUCUAUGUAAUAGAACUAGAUUAAUAUGUAACGAUUUCAAAAGUCAUAUCAUCAGUGCAACAAUAUCAAGUGGGGAUUUAAAAAACAAACAUGUAUUCAUUCCACGAAUCCCUCUCCUAACAUCGCAAGAUGAAAAAUUACCUCUUCAGUUUAAAAGAACACAAUUUCCAAUACGAUUAUGUUACGCCAUGACUAUAAAUAAAGCACAAGGUCAAACGUUAGAUUUUGUUGGUAUUUACCUACGUGAGCCAACAUUUUCCCAUGGUCAAUUAUAUGUCGCUUUAUCACGUGCCAAAAGUUCUAACUGUGUCAAAGUAUUAAUUAGACCAUCUACAGCUGAGGACAACGACGAUCACUCUACUUAUAAUGUAGUCUAUGAUGAAGUGAUUGAAAAGGCUUUUUCUGUGGAUUGAGCCUAUCAUUUGGUACAACACAAUAGUUAUUAUUUACCUUUUGGUAGUGUAUAGAACGUUGUCAUUGCUAUUAUUUGUUAAUAUAACAUAUAUUGUAUUGACAUCUGUUUGUUACGUAAUUGCA